AUGCGGAUAGGAUAUGUUGCACUAUAUAUGCAUGAAUGUGGCAGCGUACGAGUUAGUACCCCAGAAAUUCGAGGAAUAUACUGUCGAUCGCACCGAUUUUCACGUCCGGUGACAUCAACUAUUGAUAAGCAACCGGAGGAUCAACUCCGCGGGCUUUUUUUAUUUCUCGGUUUCGCAAUAUGCUCUUGUAUUGCGUCGAGAAUGAUGACAUUUCUGCACUCCACCAUGUACCUUCUACUCCCGUAUUGUGGUGACUUAGGGGCAGAUCAUUGUUGGAUUGCACUCUCGAGAAGAAUUCGAAAUUUCGAGAUUUCAUUUUCAGAAGAGGAAAGACGAAACGUCGCUUAGAGUAAAUCUCCACGUAAAAGAAAUUGGACCAGUAUUACUCCUCAAACACAUGCAGUUCAACACGACUCAUCUUUUCUCUCACCUAAUCCAAUUCUGAUGCCCUCAAUUUGUCCAGAAAUUUCCAUCCAAAUUUUGGGAACAUUCCACGUACCGCUAUAGUUGAAAGUUAUUCACUGAUGGUGACAACGAGCUAUCUAUUUAUUGGAGGAUAAAGUUCUACGGCAGCUUGCGAUUCAUCAACUUCGCCGUGUUUGGUAUUCAUUAGAAUGUGUCCGAGAGCAAAGUUUUAAUCAUUGAGUUGUGUAUUGUGUGGUCAGACAAAAAUAAAUAUCAUAUGGU